AUGGAAGAUGUGGAAAAUGAGUUAAAGGACCUAAGAGAAAAGAAUAAUGAAUUGGUGCAGAAAGUUCAGUAUUGGAAAAUGACGGCCGCGCAGAGGGAGAAUGAAAAAUUAGACCUUAUGAAAGAAAUCAACGACCUUAGACUUAAAAUCAGUAGACUGCGUAGUGGUGGAGCAGCUAAUGCACUCAAACUUGAUGCUGCAUUACAGUCAGCAAGUGAAGAGGCUUUGUCACAUUUAGUUCAAGCUUCAAGUGCAGUGGCUCGUACCUUGGAACUAGCUAAAACAUAUGUGCAAGAACGUCAAGAGUUAGAUACAGCUUUGCCAAGAUGGAGUACAUUGAGUAGUACUCCAUCAUCAGAAAAGAUAAAUAUAGUGCCACCAAUGUUGAUUGGUGGAAGACUGAUACAACCAGUUGUGUCUUUAAGUAGAACUUUACAGUCAAAUAUUUCAAGAUCUGUAAGUAGGAGUCCAAAUGAACAAAAUCAUAGUGUACCAGAAAGGGCUGUGCCUUUACAUAUGUUGCAAGAUGUAUACAUACCAUUAACAAGGAUAGAUGCUGGGGAACGAUCAGUUAAUAAUGCAGACACUGAUAUGGAAGUAAAUCAUGCAGACAACAGCACUGAAGAUCUGGCUUUAGAUGAUAGCGCUGAGAGAAUGAUGGAGGAAUCCCAAAAUAUUACAGAAAGCGAAGAUUUUGAAGAGUCGAGAAGACUAGAUGUUGUGAGUGAAGAGAUUGAACCAGAAGAUGGUCUGACUCCAGAAAGGUCAAGAACAGAAAAUCCCUUAGAAGGGCCAAGCUGGUUGCUAGAUCGACCCAGUUCAAAGAAAAAAAUAAAAAGUUCAACUAAUUUAGAGCCAGAUUCGACGACUGAGUUUGAAGAUACACUAAAUGCUGAGCCUGGACCGAGCCAUAGCGUGAGGCUAAGUGAGGAACCGCGCGUGGCGGGCGCGGAGCCGGCGCCGGCGCUGGCGUGCGAGUUCACGCCCACGGUGCGCCGCCGCCGCCGCACGUCGCCGCCCGCCACGCCGCGCGCCGCCGCCUCGCCGCACUACUCGCCCAGGCCCGCCAGGCGGUACAGUAACAAUGGUCGUAUCCUCAAAGUGCUAGUAGCAAAAAUGCGUUUAGACGAUGACGUAACCAAUGUGUCACCACCAAAACGGUCAAAGGAGGAAACACCGCCAAAAUUGCAGAGAAAUAAUCCAAAUAACCCGGAUGCCAGGAAGCAGACAAGAGAUGGGUCUCCGAAGUACCAAGUACGGGACAUUUCACCAUCAAAGAGACUGAUGAGAUUUGAUGCACCAAGUCCCAAUGGUUCUACGGACUCGAGGGUUAUAGUUUUAGAGGCAAAGAAUGAUCAACCAGAACCAGGUUCUUCUGGAGUGUCGCAAGCGAAAACAUUGAACAGAAUUAACAGUACCGACGGUCACAACAAUCGGAUCAGCAACAACAAUCAUGAUCACAACAAUCAAGAAGAAUCAAAUAACAGCCAAACCGAUCGGAAUAGAAAUCAAAGUAGUGAUAACAAUCGUAGUCGUGAUAAUCAUAAACGUGAUAGUCAUAAUCAUGAUAAUCGGAAACGUGAUAGUCGAAACCGUGAUGGCCACGGUAACAACAGUGUAGACGGCAACAGUCGUGAUAGCCGUGAUAGUGAUAGCAGUGGCAGUGAAAUGGUGAGUGAAGGACGAACAAGAAGGCCGAGGAAAGCUAUUGUAUAUAAGGAAAAGCCUUUGAAUAGGAAACUUAGGAGG